GUAGUAUUGUAGAGAUCCAGUGUGGCUGGCAGGCAGAGGAAGGAAUCGGCAGAAUCUGGGAUAUAUCUGGGGAAAAAAAGGGCAGUCGGUGAUUAAACCGGCAGAAAUCCCCGGAGCCUUGACCAACACGCCGCGGAGAACUGUUCCUACUCUCCGCUGCUGGCUGCGGUUUUUCCUCCCAGGAAUCUCCUUGGGAUCUGGAUCCGCAAACGUGACUGAAUCAGUCUUCUUGGAGCUGUGCUGAACUGCUUUGCAGUCAAAAGAUGGAUCAGCUUUCAGAUGAGGAGGUGGAGGUCAGGGGGGAGGAGGAUGAAGAAGAAGAGGACAGUGAUAAGGAGGACCAGGACCUGGAUAAGAUGUUUGGAGCCUGGCUAGGAGAGCUGGACAAGCUCACACAGAGCUUGGAUGAUGGUCGUCCAGAACGUCCCCCUCAGCAGAAAGCUCCCCUCAGACAGGAGACCAACAUGGCAAACUUCUCCUACAGAUUCUCCAUUUACAACAUCAACGAGGCCCUAAAUCAGGGGGAGAAUGUGGACCUCAAUGCCCUUAUGGCCGACCUGUCAUCCAUUGAGCAGGAGCUCAGCACCAUUAACACCAAGUCCAGCAGCAGCAGUAUGGCCCGGCUGGGACUUACAGACACCAAGGUCCGGCAGAAGCCUCCUGCUGGGCGCAGCAGCAGGCAGCAGUCAACAGGGGGCACUGUUAGCAGUGUUUCUGGUGGGGGUGGCAGCAGUGGGGCAAGCAGCAGCAGCAGCAGCACCAGAGCGUCUCCGGCCGGCACCAUCAGAACUCCAAGUGGACAUCAGGGGAGGCCGCCGCUGGGUUCCAACUUCAGCCUGGAUGACAUCACAGCUCAGCUGGAGAAGGCGUCUUUGAGCAUGGAUGAAGCCGCACGGCAGACCUCCUCCCACUCUCUUAGCUCCGCCUCCUCCUACACGUCGGCCUCAGUGCGACGGCCCGGAUCCUCUCAGCGCCAACAUCGACGCACUGGAUCAGUGGGCACAGUCAGCGAGCACGAGGUGCAGUCAUUCGUUCACUCCUCCCGCUCCUCCGUCACUUCAGCCUCUGGCAUUUCUGUUAACUCCGCCUCCUCCAUGGAUUCGCUGGACAGCGUCCUCCACUCCGAAUCUGACGGCCCUCAGCCUUCGGGUGAAGGAUCCAGUCAGGGGCAUCCCAACACAGAGCACUCCUAUCUGGACAGGGAAACCUCUCUGAUUCUGAGAAACAUUGCAGGAAAACCCUCCCACCUACUGACCAAGGAGGAGCAGGCUGCCAAGCUAAAGGCGGAGAAUAUCAGAGUGGCUUUGGAGAAGAUCAAGGAGGCACAGUUGAAGAAGCUGGUGAUUCGUGUUCAUCUGUCAGACGAGAGCUCAAAGACCAUGAUGGUGGAUGAGAGGCAGACAGUCAGACAGGUUCUGGACAGUCUGCUGGAUAAAUCUCACUCUGGUUACAGUCCAGACUGGUCACUAGUGGAAACCAUCACCGAGCUUCAGAUGGAGCGGAUCUUCGAAGAUCAUGAGAACCUAGUGGAGAACCUGCUGAACUGGACCAGAGACAGCCAGAACCGCCUCAUGUUCACUGAGCGCAUCGAGAAGUACGCCCUGUUCAAAAACCCACAGAACUAUUUACUGGGGAGGAAGGAGACGUGCGAGAUGGCAGAGAGAAACAAAGAAGCUCUGUUAGAGGAGUGUUUUGGAGGCAGCUCAGUGUCAGUCCCUGAGAUGGAGGGAGUAUUGUGGCUGAAAGAGGAUGGCAAGAAGUCAUGGAAGAAACGCUACUUCUUACUCAGGGCAUCUGGUAUCUACUAUGUCCCAAAGGGAAAGGCCAAGACUUCCAGGGACCUGGUGUGUUUCCUCCAGCUGGAUCACGUCAAUGUUUACCUGGGUCAUGACUACAAGAGCAAGUACAAGGCCCCUACAGACUACUGCAUGGUGCUAAAGCACCCUCAGAUCCAGAAGAAGUCUCAGUAUAUAAAGUACCUGUGCUGUGAUGACAUCAGAACCCUCCAACAAUGGAUCAACAGUAUUCGCAUUGCAAAGUACGGGAAGCAGCUGUACAUCAACUUCCAAGAGGCCAUGAGGAGGACAGAGGCAGCCUAUGAUUGGUCCUCUCUCUCCUCUUCUUCCAUCAAGUCUGGAUCUAGCUCUUCCAGCCUUCCAGAGUCACAGUCCAACCACUCCAGCCAAUCAGACAGUGGCGUUUCAGAGCUGGCAUCAUCAGGACACACCCGCACCCAGAGUGUGGUCAGCUCAAUUUUCUCUGACGCCUGGAGGAGAGGAACACAAGGAGAGAUGAUGAAGAUCGACCCUAUCAGUAGGCCCAUCCCUGUUCAGAUACCCAGUCUCUCUCCCCAGUCUCAGACUCCCCCCUCCCGGAGCAGCUACACUGACGGGCUUGUUGCAACCGAGGACUCCUCCUCCUCUCAGUCCCCCCCCUCGCCUCCUCCCCCUCCGCCCCCCAUGGCAAGUGUGGCCCAUCAGGCGGCACCACCUUCCUCCUACGUGAAGUACAGCACUCUGGCUCGUUUGCAAAGUCAGAACCAGUCCAUAAUGCAACAGGCAGGCAGCGUUGGCCCAGCUUCCCUUCCCAUGCAGAACUACAACACCCUUCCAGCUUCUUACGGCACCUCCCCUCCAUCCCCCCCUCCUCCUCCCCCACCUACAGCGCCAGUUCCCGGCUCAGCAAUGGCUGCUCUGAAGUUUGGUCUGCCGAGCCCCAACUCUCUGCCACCGCCGCCUCUACCAGAGGAGGAGGCACAGGAGCCUCAAUGCCUCCCACCUCCUCCUCCAGAGAGCCUUGAUGCCAAUGGGUUGCCCCCUCCUCCCUCUCCGGAGCCCCUCCUUAAUCCCUGCCAUCUGCUCUCCAACGCAGGCCUGCAGCAGUUCCUAUCGCAGAAGUUCCCCAACAUGGUUUAUGACUUUAACCCAGCAGCACUGCAGAAUAGCUCCACCCCACCUCCUCCACCUCUCGCAGAACUGUCUCCCCCAGCUUCACUCCAAGUCCUCCGGCCUCUGUCCCCUAAUGCACCCCCACCUGCUCCUCCAAAAACCUUCUCUGGUGGGUUCCCCCCACUGACCGCUCCCAAACCAUCAGGCCCCUCCUCCCUCCCCCUUGCUCUCUCACCUGUGUCUCCCACCCAACCACUUACUGGACAUGGUCCUGUCCGAAAGCAGCAGAGCUUCUCUACGGGACACUCUCCAAAUCAGCCCCCUCCUACUCUGCCCAAACAGCACAGCCUCUCCUCCAAAAACCUGUCCAUCUCUCCAUCCUCUUCCUCUAUGUCCAUCUCCAUCGCAGCUGCUACCUCCUCUUUGGUCAAACAGAUUGUCAAUCAGUUCCCAGGUAACACCUCCCCUCUGCCUGCCUCCAGUUCUGCCCCUCAGUCACCUCCUGCAGUGAAGGCCAAACCAAAGUGGCAACUAGGGGGUGCUGCAGCUCCACAGUCACCAGAGUUCCCCCCACCUCCUCCUGACAACUCCUUAGGUGAUUUUCCUCCUCCUCCUUCUUCCUCCUCCUCCUCCAAGACGGGCUCUCCCAUCAAGAAGUCCCCCUCAACCUCGUCCACUGGAUCUACCAAGCGUGGGCCUCCACCCACUCCACAGAGAGCAUCCUCCAUGAAAGACACUCAGGAUGAGAGGCCCAAGAAGGUAGAGAGCCUGCUGAGUAAAUUUGGCCAAGCCUCUCAGACAGGAACAUCAUCAAGCUCCUCCUCAGCAACAGGUUCUCCUUCCAAAGACUCCGCCACACUUCCUGCUCCGCUCCCCAAGCCAGGGAAGCUGAAUCUGGCCAAUCUGCCACUGGUGAUCCAAGGACUGCAGACCGGCCAGCAACAACAGCCUGACUUCCCAUCUCCCCCUCCCCCACCUCCACCCCCCCAGCAUCCUCACCUCGACUCAUCAGCUGACUACUUCCCUCCUCCCCCAACCGAAUCAGAGCUUUUCCCUCCCCCACCUCACCCCUCAGAGUUCCACCACCCUCCCAAGGUUGCCGUGGUGAACCCCCAACCUCAGAUGCAGCCUUCUCUACAGUCGGCAACAUCCACCUUCUCGUCAUCAUCACCGUCAUGGAAACAAGGUUCACUUAAGAAAGGGGCGGUGCCUCCUCCGGGGAUGAACCGGUGCAGUAGCAACACUGCACAGUACGACAACACAAUCUCACUGCCUCUCUCCCCUCCUCCUCUGUCCCAAACCCCGCCCCCCUCCCUCUCUUCUUAUUCCUCUUCCUCCUCCUCUCCUGUCCCCCCUACCUCUCCAAAAUCAGCCGGACCUGUCUCCCUGGCAUUGAAGCCUCACUUCCUGGAGGACCUCAACCGCACGCUGAAGAGAAAGUCUGUGUCACGCCACGGCUCACUCACCUCCUCCCACCUGAUCUCCUCCUCCAAGAUGGAGCUUGUGGGCACCAUGGAUGACAUGGCGCUCCUCCCGCCUCCCCCCCCUGAGCUCCUGCAGCAGCAGCAGGGGGUUCGAGGACACUCCCAUACUCUGUCGCGACACCACGGGCACUCCCAAUCAGCCAAACACGGCAACAUCUCAGGCUAUGCAACGCUGCGGCGAGGCCCGCCUCCCGCUCCUCCCAAACGGGACCAAAGCACCAAACUGACCAGUGAGUGGUAGGAUGCAGUGACUCUGACUGUUGCUCACUAAAGAAACUGACCAAUUAGAUCCCAUUGUUCCUGCAGAGAGGAAAAAAAAAAAACAUCUCUCCUUAGUCCCAAAAUAUUCCUCUUUGGAUCCCAAGCAAGUAGCAAACAGUGUUUCCUACUCCUAAUCUCAGAUUAAUCCUCAUUAUUCCAUCGUUACAUGUUUAAUCCAACAUGAGUAACAAUAUAAAUAUAUAAAUAUAUAUAUGUAUAUAGUUGGCAAGACAGAAAACCCCCCUCUCCAGCCUUUUUUUCACAUCUGUGCAGCUUUGCAUUGAAACAUACUAAAGACUUGAAGUGACAUUUGGCUGCAAUAUAUACCAGGUACUGCAUGGACUGAGGCUACGGAAGGAGAUCAGUGGAAGGAACCAGGAAACAGGAAGGUCGAUGAUGAUGAUGAUGUGUAUAAAAGUGUAUAUUGUGAGAGUUGUGUGGGGAAGCGUGUGUGUGUGUGAGGGGGGGAGGGCAAUCCUAGAGGGAGCAUUGCCAUUUUGUUAACCCUUUUUUGCGUGUUUUUAUAUCAAAUAAUUUAAUACUGGAAAAAUAUUGUAAUAAGUAUUUUGAAUUUGAAGAAGCGUAAAAAGAGAAUGAAUUUGAUUGGACAUGGGUCUGUUUUCUACAAGCACCUGGUUUGCCAGACUUACAGUUAAUGUUCGGUUUAAUUUAAUCAAAAUGUGUUUUGGCUGAUCUGUUGGUUAGUUAAACAUGGGCUCGAUCCCACUCCACCAUCUGGUUUCGAUAUAAAAAGGCCCCUUUUCUUUGACCAUCAGGAAUCUAUGUACCUGCUGUUGGGUGUCAUUUAGAUGGCCACUGUGCUCAGCUGAAUUAUUUAUACCCUUAAAAUUGUUCACAUUUUUAUACAUGAUAAAAAUGUGCAUAAUAAAUGCACAAGUAUGUGCAUAAGUAUGUGCAACCACAUACUUCAGUGUAUUUAUUAGGAUUUCAUGUGAUAGAUCAGCACAAAGUGGUGCAUAAUUGUGAAGUAUCAGGAAAAUUAAACAUGUUUCUCAGUAUUGUUUAAAUAAGAUCAACAGGGUCAAUACUUUCUUUUAAGUAAUUUCUCUACCAGCUCUGCACAUCUAGAGUGAAAAUUACUCCCAAAAAUUACUUUUUACAAAUCAAUGAUAGCAAACAGUUUUUUUUAACUCCGUCUUGUUUCUCUGUUCCUGCUGGAGGAAAACAGCCCUGCAGCAUGAUAUUGCCUCUACCAUUUUUUGUUUUAUUCAAGGUGAUAUCCAGCCAUAGUUUUUCUACCACACAUAGCAUGUUUGCUGUGUCCUCUACAUGGCCUGUCCCAUUUGCAGAUGGUACUUCUGAUGGCUGGAGAGCACGACUAACGGUUUUUCUGUCAACAGGUCCUUCCACCUGAACUGCGGAUCUUUGCAGCUCCUCCACAGUUACCACAGGCCUCUUGGCUGUUUUUCUGGUUAAUGCUCUCCUUGUCCCACAUGUCAGUUUAGGUGGGCGGUCAUGUCUUGGUAGGUGUGCAUUUAUGCAUUCAUCUUCCCAUUGACAGAUGAUGGAUUGAGAUGAAAAUGUAUGAGAUGUUUGAAAUGUUUAAAGCUUGGGAUAUUGUUUUCAAGCCUAUCCCUGACCUGACUUCUGACGGCAGACUGUUGCCCUGGAUUUUAUUUAGAUGUAUCAGAGUAAAGGGGGAUGAAUACAUCCACUUCACAAUUAUGCCUUACUUUGUGUUGAUCCGUUGCAUUAAAUCCCAUUGAAACAUCUUGA